UAUAAGCCUAAAGCUCAACACUGAAAAAAAAGAGACGUUGAAGAAUGGCUUUCUCCCGCCAACAAACUUCAGCUAAUCCUUCCCAAUUUCUCCCACUCAACGAGAAUGAUUCUCAGGAUAUGAUCCUCUUACAGGUCCUCACAGAGGCCUCCACCAUGGCUGUUGCUUCUCCCAUGUCUCCACCGACAGCCAAAAGGGGGGCUGAAUCGGGCGGCGAAUUGGCCACAAGGCAUUAUCGAGGCGUGCGGCGACGACCAUGGGGAAAAUUCGCUGCGGAGAUUCGAGAUUCGUCGCGCCACGGGGCACGAGUAUGGCUCGGCACUUUCGAUACGGCGGAGGAGGCGGCGGUGGCUUAUGACCGUGCGGCUUUUCGAAUGCGCGGAGCGAAGGCCUUGCUCAAUUUUCCGCCUGGGUUCGUUCUCAGUGACGGCAAAGUGAAGAAGGAAGGGGAGGAGCUUAUGGAGAGCAGAGGGUAGAGCAGAGAGAUGGACUUUCAGGACUUGUGGACUGCUUACCUGAGGCCUUCUGAAAGCAUUUAGGAUGUAAUAAAAAUAAGCUGAUUGUUGGUGUAUUGUGGAUAAAGAUAGAGAGGGUUUUAUGCAAAUUUAGAAGUUCUAAACUCUUGGGAAUUAGAAUUCUGUGCUGAAAAUAUAAUGAUUUGAUUCUCAUUCGUCUAUUGUGAUAAAUCUAUGGCAUUAAUUCACUUUUUUUUCCCCUUGAA